UUCUAGAAAUAAACACAUUCAGUCCCUCUUCCACGACUUUAUUUUUUUAAUGAUAAAAGGCAACAGCCUUUUAAAGUCUUUUUAAUACUUGCAGAAACAGUAACUUUUUAGUAAUUUUUAGUAUUACUUUUUCACAUCACGGCAUCAGACAACUGUUUAAUUUAAUUUAAUCCUGGACUGUCAGUAGUGUUUGGGAUUGCCCUACACACACACACACAAUUAAUUCAAUACUAUUUUGCUUCAAAAUUUUAUGAAACAAUGGUAGUCUUGCAACUCCGAUUUUUAUUAGUUCCAUUCCUCACAAGCGUCAUGGGAGCAGCACAAUAUAUGAUGCAAGACGCAGCUCUGAUGAACUACAUCGACCGGCGUUUCCUAUCUUUAGAGAAGAGGCUGGAAAAAUGCAACCAAGACAUACUGGAUUAUGUGGAAGAAUUCCGAGACUUUUCAAAGAUGGUACUGUCACGCCUGGCAGGACUGAACAAUCAUAAGGCUGAGGUUAAAAGUGAAGUAGAGAAUUUGCUAACAAGAAUUGAACGAGCACAAAGGGACAUUGACUAUUUUGGAUCUGUCACAGAUUCUAAUACAUGUACAGAAGUGCAUGAAGACCUGGUGAAACAACAGCUAUUUGAAGAAGCGGAAGAAAAAAAGAAACUUAAACUCAUGCUUAAUGCAAGUUGUGACCACAUGCUUGCGGGUAUUAAGUCCCUAAAGGUAGUUAAGAAGACUGGAGAUAAGCAUGGCUCUUGGAUGAAAGAUCCUGGCAAAAAGCAUAUGAAGAUUUAUUUAUUAAAUGGUUCUGUAAAUAAUGUUAUUUUUGAAUUUGCAAAUAUCAUGACAUUCAUGGAAAGUAAUCAUACACUAAAAGCUCGCAGAGUCACCUUGCCAUUUCCCUGGGAAGGAACUGGCCACAUCAUAUAUCAGGGUUUCCUGUUCUAUCACAGAUACGGCUCCUUAAACGAGAUAAUUAAAUUCAAUAUCCAGAAAAGAAAUAUAACUGACCAAAUGCUACUGCCAGGGGCUGGAAGGAUUCCAGCCUAUCAGCUUUCUCCAUCUACGAAAAUAGAUCUUGCCCUUGAUGAGCAAGGGCUCUGGGCAAUCCAUGCAGAACCAGAGACUGGAGGAAACAUUGUAAUUACUAAAAUCAACCACAUAACCAUGGCAAUAGAGCACACUUGGGACACAUCAUGCAAUAGCAAGGAUGCUGAAGCAGCUUUCAUGGCAUGCAACACACUCUAUGUUGUCUACAACUUACCUAGUGGAGGCACCUCUCGCAUACAAUGUGUUUAUGAUGUUUUGGAUGCUGUAAAUACUUAUGAAAUCCCAGUAUUGCAUUUUCCAAAACGUCAGGGUAGCCAUUCCGCCAUACAUUACAAUCCUAAAGAAAAGCAACUCUUUGCUUGGGGUGAUGGAUCCCAGAUCAUUUACAAGCUUCACACAAAGCAAAAAGUUUAGAAUCUUGAGCAACUUUUCAAAUACACUUAAAAACUAUCAGUCCUAUGUCAAUAUGGUCAUCAAAGCAUAUUAAAAUUACAUUAUUCCCAUCUGUUACAACUUUCAUCUAUUUUACAUAAAUUUAGGCUUACAUACCCUAGUGAUCUUAAACUAAUGUCCAAUUAAGAAUAUGUGAAGACUCCAUUAAUAUGAAUUACAUGAUGACUAAAUACCACACAUGUACAACUCACACACACAAAUUAAAGACUAAGGUUAAUUAAAAAAAAUAAUAAUCCAUCUCUGACAUGUUCUCUUCCUAUCUAAACUACGUAUUCUGCAUCAGUGUCGUGGAAAUCAAGUCAAAAGUCCUUCCUGUCCAAUACAUGUUAUCUGACAAUCUUCACUACCCUGAAGCUCACUGUAGGAAGCCCUCUUGUGAGCACUAUAAAAUCACAUGCUUCCAGAGAAAUUAUCUAUAAGUUUUUAACAGGAGAGGUUUAUUUUACCACAAAGCUUAAGAGUAUACAACCUCACAAACAUGAUUUAUUUUUAACAUACUGUUCAUGUACAUUACAAGUCUGUUCCUAAUCAUCGAACCUCUAGACUAUUUCCAUGAAAUUUCCACAUUUUUGUUAUACACAUAGCUGUACAGUCCAUUUUUGAUCCUGCUAACAUAUUUGCUACCACCAAAUAUCCACUUUUAUCAGCUUCAAUUUGCCACCUUCCAAUUUUUUUCAGUGUAUCACUGCUUUUAUAUCAGAAGGAAUGUUUCUAAAUGAUCUGUUCUGUACCAUAUUCUAUUUUUAAGUGUUUUACAUAUCACUCUAAUUGUUUCCUUUCUUAUUAGUCCUCUCUCAGCAUUUAGUUGUGAGGCAUUUUCUCAAUAGUUCAAAUCACUUCAAUUGCUCAUAGCAGAAUCUUUCUUAUCCUAUCCUCUGAUCCGUUUUCUGAUCAGUCCUGGUUUUGUGAGUAACAGAUAAAAAACAGGUAAAUACAAACACAUUUUUGUUUCAAAAACAGUAUUAAAAAAUCCAAACAAACCUUACAGUUUUACUUGUGAAAUAUAGGUAUUGGCUGUAGGUUUUGGAUUUUAAUGACAGCUGCGUUUCUGUUUAAUAACCAAAAAGAAAUUAAAAAAAAAAAAACAAAACCCCACAAAAAAUGGUGCUUGAAAAGCAAUCCAUAGCUAUUUCUACAGAAAGCCCAUUUUGUUCUUUACACUGAAAGAGCUGUUGUUCUGUUUAAAAACAGCUUCAACAGAACAGCCAAACAUCAGGGAAUGAUUUUGAAAAGGAGUUCCAGAAUACAACAAAGAGCAUACGGACUGCUGAGUUGCAAUAGUGCUACUCUGCUUUUAGGAAAAGAAAUUAUAUCGUUCUAAGCAGCCUUAAUGACUAGAGCACUACUUCUGUGUUACAGAAGCCAUAGGAAGCACAGUUAAGGCAUCCUCAGGCUGAAUGUAAGGUGAGCUGGCACCGGUUUCCUGUGCGACCAUGAGUCAAAGGCAGAUUCAAAUAUUUAGACUUUUAUUCCUCUUCUGUAAAAUUACAAACAGAUAAAUACAAAAUGGUAUUAGCCACUUCAGAAUCCUUCGAGAUCCUUUACUGCAAAAGGAUGUGUAAUUUUCUUUACUUAAUAAAUAAAUGGUUUUGAUGUAAAUAUGGAUUGAGUCUGCUCUUUAGAAAAGGCAUUCUUGGAAUAUGCUAUGUGCCGCACUACUACGCAACAGAGAAAGCCUACGGUAUUGUUCCAUAUAGAGAUUUCAACGAGCAAUCCUCAAAAGUUCAGACAGGGUCCUUUCUGAACCUUGCAGCCCUGGAAAUCCAAGCUUCAUAAUGACUUAAGAGGUACCACCUAGUUUCGAUAACAGGCGAAAGUUUUGUAUGGAUGAGCGUCACUAGAUUAUCUCAUAUUGUACAGAAUGCAAAAGAAAUGAAAACAAAUAAAACAGAAUAACAAAGUUUUCACAAAUCUCAAAAUUGAGGUUCAGUUACAAGGAGGAUCAAAUUUUCAAGCCUUCUAGUUUCAAAAAUGUAUAUGAACAAUCAAAAAAUUAGAAGAGCUGGAAUUUCCAAAUGUUAAUCCUGAUACUGAUUUGUGGGCAAACCAUUUAUGUACAGUCAUAAGAGAACAAGGAUAGAGGAGGCAUUGUUGAACUAGCCUGUCUCAACUCUUCUUUAAACCCUUUAAUAAUAGGGACUUCACAACUUUCCCAGGGAAUUUACUCCAUCAAUUCACAAGCCAGUGGCUGUAACAUUUUUCCUAAAGCACAACUACAGUUUGCCUUGCUUCAAUGCAGCCCCAUUGAUUUUUGUCCUGUCCAGCAUAAGAAUGUAAGAGUAGCCUUAUUUAAUCAACCAGAGAGUUAUCCAACCCUAAUAGCCAAUCUCAAAGAGCUACCAAGAAAGAAUACAUAUGGAAGAGCAUAAGAAUAGUGCAAACAUGUAUCCCUCUAGUGAUUCAUGCCAGAGGCAGUCUUUGUGAUCAAUAUCGCUGAAGACUUGUCUUUCAUGAAUUUCACAGAGUCAUGGAAUGGUUUGGGUUGGAAGGGACCUUUAAAGGCCAUCUAAUCCGAUCCCCCUGCAAUAAGCAGGGACAUCUUCAACUCGAUCAGGUUGCUCAGAGUCCUGUCCAACCUGACCUUGAAUGUUUCCAGGGAUGGGGCAUCUACAAUAUCUCUGGGCAACCUGUUCCGGUGUUUCACCACCUCAUAAUGCUUCAGUCUUCCUCACAUUCUUCUGCAACACAAAAUAGAUUAGGCUACUGGUCCUGCAGCAUAGAAUAAGCUGGGAAAUGGGCUGUAGAUAGGGAUAGCAUACAAUAUUUUUUGCCUGUAGACUCAACAGCUUCUUGGCCUUACAGCAGCAAUGGCACAGUUGCGAAAGAGUCACCUGUGUGAAUAUGGCCUGUUCUGCUGAUCCAUUAACAUUCAGGCCAGAGAAAGAAGGCAUACUUUCUCCUCCAGCUUCCUGAUAAUCUCAUAAAUAUAUAAGGAUUUGAUUAAUUUUCAGAACUGGUAGCACAAAACAGGUAUUUUUGAGAAAGUCAGAAGAGACAUUUAGUUAACUCUGGGAUGACAAGGGGCAAAAAUAAGGAAUGUUUGUUCAGAAUCGGAAAGAAUCACAAAUAUCUGAACUGAAUAACAUGCUCCAAGACACCAGUCUCACAAAAGCAAGGAGAAAGUGCUGUUGGCAAGGCAGUAGUAAGCCAUAACAAGACUGCAUGAAAGAGGGCACUGGCUUCUAGUUCAGGUAGAUGGUAUGAUUGAUUGUUACCAUAGGAAUGAUAUCAGUACAAGGAGAUGAACACUGAGAGUCUUCAUUGGGAAAAAAAACCAAACACAUGAAUGACAGUUUACGACCUCUACCUUCACCAUCUAGAUAAUAUCCACUAUUGUCCCUAUUACUCAAGUCGUUCCAUGUUGUGCUUUCUCUGUGUGCCUGUUUAAUCUGAAUCACUGACUUUUUACUUUUCCAGUGCUGCAUUUUCAUUUUCAGACUGUACAGACAGGUCCUCUUGGGUUGGCUCUUCUGCUUCACUGCAGAUCUCAGAGUUAAAACCAGGGUUCUCCGCUAUGGCAGGAUCGUCAUCUUUUUAACAACAGCAGCAAUCCUCAGUUCUUUGGCUGUGAUAAAGGUCCCUCUCCUCUUCACUGAUGUCAGUUACCUCAUCCUUUUUCUGCAUUAAGUCAUAACCACCCCUCCCAUGGUGAGAUCAGAUAGCAGGUUUCAUUGCACGCACAGAUACUCCUCAUCUUCCAUGCCCUCCAUUCUUUGUUCCAGCUCUUCUGCAGAGGGCUGGGUCAGGUCAGGAUAAUCUACAAGGAUUACAUCCUGUUUGCACUUGAAGCAAUCAAAAUUAUCAUAGACAGGAGGGGCUUAAGGCCUCUCUGAUUUAUUGACACCUGUAUGAUGAAUUUAAGCUUCCCGACAGCAGCGUGCUUUCUUCUUUGGAUUUUGUGGAUGCUAAGGAUCUGUGGACUGUAUGCUAAAAGCAACUGCUUUACUAGUAUAGCAGAGCUUGAUGCUAUAAGCACGGUGUAAAUUAUGCCAGUAUAACUGGGUUCAUUUUUACAGCGCCAGAGAUAUGCUUCUUUGCCAGCAAAUAAUAUUCCUUUCUCUUUAUCUUCUUCAUUUAUAUCUGUGUGGGUCUGGAGGAUGAGAGCUCCUUUCAGCAUUCAUGCAAGCAGCCACCAUGUAAGAAAAACACACAGAACACAUUUAUUACGCAUGGGUUUAUCACUAAGCAAUGCAACUAUUACAUGCUUACUGUCAUCAUGCUGUGUAACAGU